AUGGAGAUUGAUGACCUGCCGGCGGAGGUGCUGGUGAAGGUGUUGGGCUACGUGCUCGAUCCGGCGCAGCUUAGCCGCCUGGCGCAGGUGUCACGCCGCUGGAAGUCGCUGGCGGAGACCGACACCCUCUGGCGCGAGCUGCUCAAGAGGCGGUGGACCAGAGAUGAAAUCGAGCACAUGAACAAAGAGGCUCAAGAUGAUGGAGGCAACCCUUCGCUUGUUGACUGGAACCAGAGAUGGGAGGCCUUCCACGCAGCACAGAAGCCGCCCAACGCUUCCUGGAAGGCGUUCUACCUGGGGCAUCUGCGAGGGCCGGUGGAACGGCUCCUGAGCGAGCUCGACCGACACCCGCUCGACCUCGCCCAGCUGAGCACCGUCACCUUUCGCUCGAAGGCUGCCUCCCCGCCACAAGAGGAGGCGGGCGAUGUGUGGAUCCGGCAGCUGCUGGACAUCUCGCGCUCGGCGCGCCUGCAGGAGGCCCUCUCGGCCUACCCACGCGCUUGCCGCGAUCACCUGGAGGUGAUGCGCGAAUCGGUCCUCACGCGCCUCAACUUCAUUCGUCGAGCACGGAGCAUGCUGUUUCUGGGCAAGCUGGGGCUGUUCGCCUACCUCGUCAAGCGAUUCCUGCCUUCGCUGUGCCCUCUGCCGGCCAACUUUCUCACCAGUCGCCCCACGGCGGGGUCUCUACUUCGCUUUUGGCCGCUCUAUGUGUACUGCGCUGCCUACUAUUACGCGCAGAAGCUACUUGGGCGGAGAGGCUAUAUGGAAGGGACGCCCAAGUGGUACCUCGGCGUUGCUAAGUUCGGCAACCACGUGCUGAGCUCCCUCCUCGAAGAGGACCAGGGCUCGCGUCUUAAGUACCUCGGCGGCGUCGGGAUGAGCCUGUCGCUGGCCUACUAUGCCCUACGCUUCGACCUCCUGCUCCACACCCUCUCCCGGGUGCUCAUGCCCAUCUUCCACGCCCUCACCCGCAACGCCUACCGCGAGGUGAUCGCGCGCCAGGCCGCCGCCGGCACGGUCAACCGCCACUUCCACCUCUUCGUCGUGGGCCUCUUCGCCAUGAACUCGAUGGCCCACCUCGUGAGCCGGCUGGCCAGCCUCAAGCUCGCUCGCUCCUCCAUCACCACGGCCCAGCUCACCCUCACCCUGCGCAACCUCUUCCCAUCGCUCGCCGCCUCUUUUUCGACCACCAGCGGUGGUGGUGGUACGGCCGCGACUGACGCGACCGAGGCGUCGUGGUCGGCACAGCUGUGGCGCUUGCUCGACCAGCGGGCCGUGGCGAGCCAGCUGCUGGGCCUGGUCAAUGGCAACGUCGUGGGGUGGGCCAUGUGCCACGCGGCCAUCCACCACGGCUUCCCGACCGUGGUGGCCCUCAAGUUGCUCUGCGAGGCCGAGGUGCUGCUUCUCCACCUCGCCACCCCAACAGCAAUCAAGCGCCAUUGA